GGAGGCGCCUUUAAAGCCCGGGCGAAACGGGCGAGCUGGCCUUCCUCGCUCGGGGCUCUUGUGAGGUGCGCGGCCGGAGGGGGGGGGCGAACGAGGGAGACGGAGAGGCUGCUCCUUUCUGGCUGCCUUCAGCCCACCUUCUUCUGCCCUGGCCCGGAGCGCCAGACCAAGGACGCUGAUGGCUGCACAAAAAGAGGCGGACCGGCCAGCAGGGAGCCACUUCCUUGGCGCCGGGAAAGGCUAAACACCCGCCCGGAGGACUCCGCUUUGGAAGCCGCUCUCUUGAGACGGCCGGCCCCGAUCUCUGCCCUCGGUCGGACUUGGGGCUUCGAGUUGCCAAGCUGCUCGUCCCGCUCUACCUCCUCCUUCCUGCUCUUCCCUGGGGAUUUAAGGGCUCCAACCGCGGGACUGAUCUCCCUUCUCGGCAUCCUAGGUCUUCCGCAGGGAAGGAUUGUGAUCCGCGGCCAACGGUGAGGGAUCCCGAGCAGAUCGGCUCCUCUCUGACCCGAUCCAUGAGAGCUUUUUCAGUGGUGCCAGGAAAAACAUAUUGCUCCAGAAGGAAAUUGAAAUGGAUAAAAAAGGCAGUGGUUGCUUCUUACUGAUUAUUCUACUAAUUAGAAUGGCUCCAAGUCUCCCUUCUACUGUAAGUUAUACUGGCCUCACCCUAGAGCCUAUAGCAACUCAGCAUUCAGCGAUACGGCAGAAGAUAGUAGAUUCACAGUUCAAGUGCUAUGAGAGGAUGAACAAAGCACCUCCGUACAAGAAAAAAGGGUUGUUCUGUAACCGGACAUGGGAUGGAUGGCUGUGUUGGGAUGACACACCUGCUGGAGAAUUGGCUGACCAAAAUUGCCCUGAUUAUUUUCCAGACUUUGAUCCAACUGAAAUGGCGACAAAAUACUGUGAUAAGACAGGAACCUGGUUCCGACAUCCAGAAAGCAAUCGAACUUGGUCCAACUAUACACGAUGCAAUUCUUUCACAAAUGAAAAACGUAAGAUGGUAUUCAUACUUUAUUAUAUGACUAUAGUAGGACAUGCUUUGUCUAUAACCUCCCUGUUGAUUUCCUUGGGGAUUUUCUUCUACUUCAAGAGCCUCAGCUGUCAAAGGAUAACACUGCACAAAAAUUUGUUUUUCUCGUAUGUUCUUAACUCGGUGUUUACACUAGCCCACCUCAUUGCAGUGGUGUCUGAUCGUGACCUGGUAAAAAAAGAUCCAGUGAGCUGCAAAGUGCUUCAGUUCUUUCACCAAUACAUGAUGGGCUGCAACUACUUCUGGAUGCUUUGCGAAGGCAUUUAUCUUCAUACUCUCAUUGUGGUGGCAGUAUUUGCUGAAGAGCAGUGUUUGCACUGGUAUUAUCUCUUGGGUUGGGGUUUUCCUUUAGUCCCAGCAUCAAUUCAUGCUGUGGCAAGAACCAAAUAUUUCAAUGACAACUGCUGGAUUAGUGUUGAUACGCACUUGCUGUAUGUUGUUCAUGGACCUGUCAUGGCAGCAUUAUUGGUCAAUUUUUUCUUUUUGCUCAACAUUGUACGAGUACUGGUAACAAAACUGAGAGACACACAUCGGGCUGAGUCCAACAUGUACAUGAAAGCUGUCAGAGCCACUUUAAUCCUUGUGCCCUUAUUAGGAAUCCAGUUUGUCAUUAUUCCCUGGAGGCCAGAAAACAAACUUGCCGGUGAAGUGUAUGAUUACAUCAUGCAUAUAUUAAUGCAUUACCAGGGUUUACUCGUGGCAACUAUUUUCUGUUUCUUCAAUGGAGAGGUCCAAGGAGCUUUGAAGAGGCAGUGGAUGCAGUACAAAACGCAAUGGGGUCAAAGGCGACGAGACCAUUGCUCAACGCGGUCUACCUCUUAUACAGCAACAUCUAUCACAGAGGUUCCGAUUUAUCUAUAUCAUCAUGACUCCAACAGCGAACAGUUUAAUGGAAAGUAUAUAGAUGACUCUGAAUUGGUUGCAUUAAAAUCAGGGGAGACAUCUGCUUAGAUUUCAAAUAGAGGGUAUUGCAGUCUAUUUCUACAAGGAGAAGAUCAGGAAGAGACUUCAAGGCUACUGCAAGAGCAUGCAAAGUCAGGCAACAGGAAGUGUCAUAUGGAAAUCGCAUAAACAGAACACCUCUGAUGGCAGCAGCUGAGAAAGACUUGACAGAGACAGGAAAGUGGUGGUUAGAUCCACUUCUCAAAUGCUGCAUUUAAAGGGUGAAAAGACAAGGACCCAGGGAGAACUGUGGGAUUUCACCUUUUCCAGAACUUGGCCAUAUGAAGCUAAAACAUUGUAGUAAGAAAAAUGUCCCUUAGAUGUCCCACUGGGGAAUGCCAUUGUUUCUACAACUGGAACUUUGAUAUCCAAACUGAGCUAAAUGCAAAUAGAUCCACAACUGUUGCAUUAGGUUCUUUCUUUUUAAACUAUACUUUGGAAACAUAAA